AUGGUGGACACCUUCCAGCUUGGGUAUAAUGAGUCCACUGACCAGUGCUCUAUUCUUUCUAAUCCUAGCCAAUGUGUUACCGCUUUCAGCUUGGACACUGGCGCAUCUACGUGGUACAAUCCCGGCCAACUUCCCUCGGGCUUUCCUGGAACAGAACCUCUCUCAGAUACCACUGAUGCCGGAAGCCUUACUAUUGCUCCGGAUCCGUACACGUUCUCGAUCUUCCCAAGCUAUAUCAGCGUCAUCACGCCGGUUCCAUAUAACAGGAAGAAGGUCGAGGCAACAACCGCGGGAACCACUGAGGGAACCACCGAGGGAACCGCUACAGGAACCGCCAAGGAAACCUCUACGGGGAAGAGCGAUGCUUCGCCUAGCAAGGGAGCUGCGAACAGACCUGUGUCACCUGUCAACACCGAAUUUAGUGUCUGGGGUAUAGCCAUGUACACAAUUGUCUGCGCUCUCUUUGGUGCAAUGUUGAUCGCAUAG